CAGAAACAUAAGAAAGUGUGCAUUUUCAUUUAUUUUCUGUCUUCGUCAUUUUUAGCCACGGUAUCGUGUAUGAAAUUUGUGAAAAUCAGUUUAUUUAAUGUUUUUUCCUAUACUAUUCUUGUGGCGUAGACGAGAGAUUUUUCUACUUGCGUGUAUUGAGAGUCACCGCGCAUCGUCAUAGUGGGAAGGUAUACAUCAACAUAAUAUCGAAUAUCUUCACUCCAUAUUUACUUAUAUAGAUACAUAGCAAGUGGCUAACAGAUACCACGUUUUCGCCAGCUGGUUGGUGUGCCCGGCAAGUCGUGUGCUUCUCUGGUGCAAGCUCCGAGGAAGGAUCAACAAUUCAUCCCAUCUGUGAGCUCUCGUCCAGUGGGGCGCUACCAUUUUAUAUGACUUUAGCAAGAUAUACAGAGACAUCAGUACAGUGCGUGGAGAGUGGUCGGUCUGUCGCGGCGAGGGGUCCCGGCUGCCGGCGAGCGUGCAUGACGCUUCACACACUAAGCAAUACUGCUCGCAGAAGAUCAAAGUUUUGCAGUAACAGACAUCGGAAACUGCUGCCGUUGCGGCAGACGUGACUGGCGCGCUCCGCGGGUGCCCCCGGCCCGCAUGCCGCUCUAGACGCCCAACCGUGCACUCGUCACACCAAGCCUGAUCCAGUGUCAAAAAAAAACCACCCCUGGAAUAAUUAGUUAGGAUUAUAAUUAAGUGAGCACAUAAGCAGCCAUGGGGUCCGUUAACGUAAAUCGGAACGUGGCGGACGCGUUCUACCGCUACAAGAUGCCGCGCAUCUGCGCCAAGGUGGAGGGCAAGGGGAACGGCAUCAAGACCGUCAUCGUCAACAUGCCCGAGGUCGCCAAGGCCAUCGGCAGGCCCGCUACGUAUCCGACCAAAUACUUCGGUUGCGAGCUGGGUGCUCAGACACAGUUUGACUUCAAGAACGAACGUUUCAUCGUCAACGGCAGCCAUGACUCCGCCAAGUUGCAGGACCUGCUGGACGGGUUCAUCCGUAAGUUCGUGCUGUGCCCCGAGUGCGACAACCCGGAGACGGAGCUGAUCGUGUCGACGAAGCGCAACACCAUCUCGCAGGGCUGCAAGGCGUGCGGCUACCACGGCCCGCUCGAGUUCAACCACAAGCUCAACACCUUCAUACUCAAAAACCCACCGGCCGCCGACCCCAGCAUGCAGGGUUCAUCGGUGACGGAAAGCAAUCGUGGCAAGCGCUCGAAGAGAAGCGGUCCCGCUGCCAACGGCAAUCACGAUGGGGACAAUCAUGACGCCAAAAACGAGAGCGACGUGCCGGUAACUCCAACAGCUCCGAAUCCGAAGAGCAAGAAGAAGAGCAAAGCUGCUGAGGAUGAUGAUGAUGAUUGCAACUGGACUGUCGACGUGAGCGAGGAGGCUGUGAGGGCGAGGAUGCAAGAUUUAACCGAGGGAGCGAAGAGUAUGACUCUAUCGGAGGACAGCGAGAAGAAUGAGAAACAACGUAUGGACUUGUUCUACUCGUUCCUCAAGCAACGCUCCGAUGCGGGCGAAGUGGAGGGCACGAAGGCUGUCAGCGAUAUCUUGCACGAGGCAGACAGGCUGGAGGUGAAGUCCAAGGCGCUGCUCGUGGCGUUCGAGGUGCUGGUGGGCGCCAACACGCUGGCGGCGGACGUGAAGCGCCACCGCGUGCUGCUGCUGCGCCUGGCGCGCGCCGACCCCCGCGCGCCGCGCGCCGCGCUGCACGCGCUCACCGCGCUCGCCGCCACCAGCGCCGCGCUGCUGCCGCGCGUGCCCGCCGUGCUCAAGCUGUUGUACGACCUGGACAUCGUGGAGGAGAAGACCAUCCUGGAGUGGGCGGCCAAGCCGUCCCGCAAGUUCGCGCCCAAGGAGGUGGUGGCGGACGUGCUGAAGCGCGCGCAGCCCUUCAUCGACUGGCUGCAGCAGGCGGACGAGGAGGACUCCAGCGACGACGCCAGCGAGGAGGACAUCGAGAUCGAGUACGACGAUCGUGCCAAGGUGACGCCCAUCAAGGCGGUGACGACCCCCGCCGCCCCGCCCAAGCCGCAGCAGGAGGACGACGGAGACAUCGAUGUCGACAUCGACGCCAUAUAGACGCACCACCACCACCUCACCGUCACUGUCAUUGUCACUGUUACUGCACCACACCCACCCCUCACCAUAUUACGUGUUUCGUAAUCUUACAAUUAUCUAAACAAAUUGCCAAAUAAAUUAGUACUUUUCAAACCACUUCACUCUUAAUUAAACAUUUCCACAAUAGAGAAAUAGUUUUCACCUGUUUUUUUUUUUUGAGAUAUAAUAUUCUGCGUAUGUAUGUUGGUAAAUUUAUUAAUUAAAACAUUUUUCAAGAUUAGUAUACUCACCGUUACUAGUUUUUUUCUUUCACAUUAUGUAAAAAACUUUAUGGCUUCACCUAAAAAAUGUGUUUUGGGGUGGUUAGUUAACUAUGUUGCGACCUCUCUCUUCGAAUGUGAAAUCAGUGAUGAUAGGAGAGAAACUAAACACCCGUUAAUCAAGUUUUUAAGUGAGGCGCAUAUAUUGGAUGCGAGACACGUAUUUCUAGAUAGUUAGUAUAUAUGGACCCCAUGUGCUGGAAAUUUCCUAUCAAUACAGUAGUCGCUCUACCGAUAAGUUUACAAUUUUUAAAACUUUACUCAUAAGCGGUAUUGUACGGGCCUGAUGACGGUUUCUAUACCAUGAAAAAAUUACAUAAACACGUAUCGACUUCUAGUAAUAAAAAGAAAUAACUUUCCACAAUCUGGUAAAGAAGCCGUUUCCGCCAUUUUUCAAUUGUCUAUCGAUGAAUUUAGUGAAAUAUAAACAUAUUAAAAUCUGUUGACACAAAAUUCAUUCGAAGACAUUAAAUUUCUGUGUAAAUCCGUAAUUUUUAAUAUAGAUAUAAAAACAUAAUCCGUAGUGUUGUAUUCUAAACGCUUUGAAAUUAGAGUGACUAAAAUUAAACUAACUUUAUAUAUUCCAAAACUAUUCGUUCCUACGCAUAAGUUUCAUUUUAAUUAUAUAUGGGAUUCGAUGAUCCGAUUACUCUAUCUCGAUUUAAAAGUCACAAAUUUGGUGACAAUAUGUAAUAAUUUAAUACACAAAAUGGUUUAUUAUAUAUUGUUUUUUUUUUUUAGGAAAUAUUUUAAAAGUAAUUAAAUCGUGAACUUGCGAUAACGCACGAAAUAGAAACACAAUUUUCAACUCUUUCCAUUCGCUUCAUUCAUGUUCUCGAUUCGUUCAUUUAUAUUCAUUCUUUCUUAUAAAGAGUACGAAAAGGUUUUUAUUUUUUUACAACAGCGACGCUGCUGCUGUAUUGUUAUAAUUUUAACACGAUUUAUUUAAUAGAUUUUCAUUAUUGUCAACUUCGUGCGUUUAUUAUUAUGUGUUUUAAGUUAAUUAUCUCAAUGAAGUGGAGACGUUUUUUGUAAUAUAGCUAGCAAACUUCGGUCGCCGUGACUUUUUCCUCCAUUCAAACUAUUAUUAAAUAGAAUAUUUUAAAAUUGCCACCUGACAAUUUUAUUAGAUUUGUUUUGUAUUCAAAUACAUUUGGAUUCUA